AGUUCAUUAUCAGACAUUUAUAGCCUAGUAUUAAAGUUUUAUAAAUGGAAUGAGUACAAUAUACCAACUGCGUUUGUUAUAAUGAUAAUUGCUUACUUUUAACGAUAAAACAGUGCAAUGUCUAUCGCUGAGGGUCAAUCCAAAAAUGGUGGAAAAGAUUGGCCACAAAUUCUAGCAGUUCUCAUCGCAUGCAUGUCCAGUUUAACAAGUGGAUUGUUCGCCGCCUGGCCAUCACCUUUCAUUGUCAAGAUAACACAAGACAUGGAGAACUAUGAUAUAAGUGAAGACCAAGCUUCUUAUUUCACCAUCUGGAUAAAUGUAGGAAUCGUAGUACUUUCUGCAUUCUUUACAAUUUUCAGGAUACCUGAUAUGAUUGGAAGAAAACGUACUCUGAUGUUGACAGCUAUUCCACAUGGGUCAUCCUGGCUCAUGAAAGCUUUCAGUACGAACUUGUACAUUCUCAAUUUAGCAAGAUUCACAGCAGGGCUGGGAGAUGCGAUUUUGUUCGCGUCUCUGCCAGCUUACAUUGGAGAGAUUACGACACCAAGAAUCAGAGGAGUCUGGGGAAAUGGUCUGAUUUGUUCAUUAUUUCUGGGACAGUUUCUGAUGAACGUCAUCGGUGCUUACUGCAGCGUUCAACAAACAUCUUUCAUUUGCUUAACGAUACCAGUGAUAUUUCUAGUUCUUUUCUCUCUGAUGCCAGAGUCUCCGUAUUUUUAUGCCAUGAAAGGAAGAGAGGAGGAAGCAAAAAUCGCACUUCAACGACUGAGAGGAACGGAUGCGGUCGAAGAAGAAUUAACUGAUUUGAAUUCUGCAGUCAGAAGGCAAAUGUCAGAAACUGGCACGUGGAAAGAUCUCAUUAUGCUUCGAAGUAAUAGAAAAGCUCUGACAGCGGCACUCUUUCUGCGCGUUUCACAAGUUUUGGUGGGGGUUUACGUUUUUGCUUCGUAUACUCAAUUCAUUUUUCAAAAAGCAGGAGGAAACUUGAGUUCUGAAAUGUCCUCAAUUAUUUAUGUAGGGUUGAGCUUCGUUUUGUUCUCAAUCGGAGCUUAUUUCUCUGAUAAAUUCGGUAGGAGGAAGUCAUACACUAUUUCUUCGGGUUUAUCAUCGAUUGUGCUCCUAUCAGAAGCAGUUUAUUUUUACAUAGAGUCAAACCACCCAGAACUGAAUAUCGAUAAUAUCCAGUGGUUUCCUCUAGCAGGCAUGAUUAUUUUUAUAGUAUUCACAUCUUUCGGUGUCGCUAUUAUUCCUACGUUGAUGUUGGGUGAGUUAUUUUCCGCGAGCAUCAAAUCUAAAGCAGUUGGUGUUGUUACAACGCUAUUUGGACUCUUCGUGUUUUUUGCUAAUUAUAUAUUUUAUUUUAUCAAUUCUUACACAGGACUUUAUGGUCCUUUCUUACUUUUUGGUUGCUGCUCCCUCGUAUCAUGUAUUUUCACGAAUUACCUGGUCCCGGAAACGAAAGGUAAAUCUUUAGAAGAAAUUCAACAGAUUCUGAAUGGCAAAAUUACUUAUAGUGAUAUUAAAGAGUGAUUUCAUUUAA